AUGGGUAACGAUACGAGUAAAUAUGAUUAUGAUCUGAAGAAGGCCAAGGUAGAACAAGAACUUAAGAUGAAGGAGAUGGAAAUUAAGAGUGGACAAGAACUUAAAGAGAAGGAGAUGGAACUGAAGAGCCAACGCGAGACGGCUGAACUGAUAAUUGAAUUAAAAAAGGCCAAAUCGAAAUACCUCAGUGAGCUUACGAAGCCUUAUAUGGAUAUUAUAUGGGAGGUUAUUAAGCAAAAUUCCAUCCUCUAUGACAAAGCCAACGACUCUUUAAAUAAAUUGACGAGUGAGAACCUCCCCGAAUCAGUCAAGAAAACCAUCAUAGAUACCUAUAAUAGAAUCACCAAUGAUAUCAUGAGUACUACCGACCUUAACAAUUAUGCAACAAAAGAAGCCAAUAAACUUAAUAUUCAGGAUACCGAGGAAUAUAUUAAAUUGAUAAACAUAUUGGUCGAUAACGGUCGUCUUGCCAGCAAAGACAAAGAAAAACUUCUUGAUGUUCAAAUGGUCAUGUAA